AAUUAUGUUUAAUUUAUGUUAAGAAUGCUUACUUUGAAUUAGCCUAUAUUACUUUUUAUAUAUGAAACAAUCAACACAAAUGGUGCAUUAUUAAUGCAUUUCUACUUACUCUUUCUCUUCUAAUACACAUAUGGGGCUCAGAAUCAAGGAGCCAUAAAUCAUAUGCAACAUGACACACACCAAUAAAAACAUGUUUCAAACAAAAAACACGACAAUUUUCAUUGUAAUCAUUGUGGUUACACUGUCACUACAAACCUCAGAAGCUGAAGAUUACACAGUAGGAGGAGACACCGUAGGUUGGACCAGUUUUCCACCUGGUGGUUCUUCCUUCUAUUCCAAAUGGGCUGCAAAUUUUACAUUCAAUUUGAACGACAAUCUAGUGUUCAACUAUGAAUCUGGAAGCCACAGUAUUGUUAUACUAAACAAAGCUAACUAUGAAAAGUGUAAUGUAAAUGAUGAUAUUCAAACCUUUAACAAAGGACCAACAAAAAUAACCUUGGAUCGAACCGGUGAUUUCUACUUUAGCUGUAGUUUAUCAGGUCAUUGCAGCAGUGGCCAAAAGCUAAGUGUUAAAGUCACAGACAAUGCUUCUUCUGAUAUUUCACCGGCUGAAGCUCCACCAUCACUAAGUACUGGACCAGGUUCUACUGCUAUUGCUACUCCACCACAGAGUUCAGCUUCAGCAACACCUAUGGCUGCUACCUUCACUCUUCUCCUCAUUACUAUUGUCUUCAACUUUUUCUCAAUUUUAAAUGCAUGUUUUGAUUCGCGACGAGAUUGACAGAAUCACAGUGAACCAUGGUGGUUUCUGGAGAAGCUAACACCUUAAGCUUUUCAACAAAAAUAUCGUGUUUGGUAUGAAUAUGAUAUGAAUAAACAAUAUUAUUAUUAUAUUAUAGGCUAAUGAAUACAUUAGCUUUUUACUAAAGUCUUAUCUUUCUACUAAUGAAAAACUUAAAUUGAAUUUGCAUUUAACAAUUGGUUUUUAGCUGUAUGAUAGAACAUAUGAACAUGGCAUGUUCACAUGUUAUUUUGACUUUCAAACAGCUAAAUUACAUUGUAACAAUAUACAAAAAUAUGAAUGUGACUUGAUGUAUAUAUCAAUAGAAAUAAUAAAGCUAUAGUAGAAUAUAAUUAAGUGGCAGUAAUUAACUUUAUAAAAUGAAGUCAACUAUUUGAUGCUUAGCCUCCACUCUCCUACAAAUUGGACUUCUCAAGACAUGCUCAAAGUGAAAUACAGGACAUCAUGAUAAUUAAUCAUUUUUAAAUAAUACAACUAGGAGUUUUUUUUUAAAUUCAAUUAUGCUAGACUUGGUGAAAAUUAACACUAAGAUUAAAUCAGAUUUGGACGUGCUAUGCUCUCCUUC